UUUCUAAUCCUAACAGGAGUAACCGUAUCGCCUCAUUUUCGCAUUAAAAUAGCCGGGACAAUGAUGAUCCCUAGUGUUAUUGCACCACCUGCAAUAUAUUCAGCAUUCAUGCGUCCUGCAGCAUCGCUGCAUUCACCUUUCCCGGCUCACCCGAGCUUCCUGGUGGAGGAUCUCCUGCGCAUCAACAGACCCGGCGGUUACCUGAACCAAGACGCGCACUCGCCAUGCGCCUCUCCUCCUACUUCAACACCUCUUUCCAUCCCGGAUAACUCCAGGCUAUUAGAUAGAGUCAGCCCCAGUAUCACGGAGAAACGUGGAUCUUGCUCUCCAAAAACGCCAGUGUCUAGCAAGGAUCCAACCUACCUCAAGUUUGGGGUGAGUGCCAUUUUGGCACCGUCACCAAAGAAAGCCACAUCUCCACCGUCCGUUCACGGCAUGCAUCCCAAAGGAUUCUCCUUGCCUUAUUUUGAUGGUUCAUUCUGCCCUUUCGUCCGUUCCUCAUACUUCCCUGCUCCUUCAUCGGUUGUACCCAUUCCUGGAACUUUUUCCUGGCCUCUUGCUGCGAGAGGGAAGCCCAGAAGAGGGAUGCUACGCCGGGCAGUGUUUUCUGAUGUGCAGCGCAAAGCUCUGGAGAAAAUGUUCCAAAAGCAAAAAUAUAUCAGCAAGCCAGACAGGAAAAAGCUCGCAGCGAAACUCGGACUAAAAGAUUCACAGGUCAAAAUCUGGUUCCAGAAUCGGAGAAUGAAAUGGAGAAACUCCAAGGAAAGGGAGCUGCUUUCCUCCGGCGGUUGCCGAGAACAAACCCUGCCGACCAAAACAAAUCCUCACCCCGAUCUCAGCGACGUGGGUAAAAAGUCUUCUGAGGAUGAGGAAGAUGAAGACGACGCUUGCACCACAUCACAUUUCUGUCUCUCACCGACACGCGAACUUUCAAACAGCACUGAUUCCAGCAUUUCAUUCAAACACUCGGACUUUUCUGAAUCAGAGGAUGAAAUAACAGUUUCAUAAGCAACUUUAUCAGCUGUAUAAUGUCUGUAUUCAAGCACAAGUGUACGCCAUAACCAUGGUGUGGUUUUAAUGGCGUAUAAUUUCACUUCUACGUUCGAAUGAGUGUUUGUAGCAAAUCUUUUCCACAUCACUUUAUAUUUACUUAUUUGGAAACUCUUCGCAAAAUGAUUUUGCUGUGUCGCACAGCUUUUUUGGGGAUACCUGUACAGUAUUUUGUACAAAUAUUUUUGUAUGGAUAUUUUAUACCAAGAAUUUUGAGUUUUAGAUUGUUUAUUAAAGUUG